GGAAAGGGGGCGGGGCUGCAUCUUUGCAGUCCAUGGAAAUGCCAACUCGACAGAUUGUAAAUUAACAACAAGGUGAACCUGUUCUGUUCAAAGUAGAGACUGAGAUAAAUCACACAACUAUAUAAGGUGAUGGGUGGAGCAUGGAGCGAGGGUGUGCGCCAAGUCCCCACCCCUGCUAGGCAGGUAGCACAGCCUAGUAACAAAGCCACACCCCUUAGCAACCCCCGUAAGCGAGCACUGAGCGAGGAGGACAUAGAAGAACUGUCUCCAAAGAGGAAGAAAAUUAAGAGUACUUCCAACUACAUCUACCAGACGCUCUUCAGAGAUGGCAUCAACAGCGACCUCACCAUCCGUGCCCUCGGUAAGGAGUGGAAGCUUCACAAGGUCUACCUCUGCCAGUCGGGAUACUUCUCCAGCAUGUUCAGUGGCAGCUGGCGGGAGAGCAAUCAGUCAGACAUCAGUCUCAGUAUACCAGAUACCAACAUCACUCCUGAAGCUCUGGAUGUGGCAUUCAGCUCAUUGUACAAAGAUCAUGUUCAUGUGGGGGAGACUGAGGUAGUACCUCUGGUUGCUGCUGCCACCAUGCUGCAGCUGGAUGGUCUGUUGGAGCAUUGCCAGGUAUACAUGAGGGAGAACAUGAGUCUGGAACGUGUGGUACCAUUUCUGAUGGCCUCCACUCAGUACGGACUUAAGAACCUCAAGGAAGAGUGUGACAACAUGUUGAGGCUUCACUUGGUCAAGAGCUAUAGCGUAUCACUGCUGAAACAGUUAAGCACUGAGCUGCUAGCUGAACUGCUGUCUUCUCCAGAGCUCUAUGUCUUGCAGGUGGAGAUGGAUGUGUACACUCUAGCCAAGAGAUGGUUGUACGUGUCCCUACAUCCUGACUGGAGCGGGGAGAUGGACAAGCUUCUCACUGACUCUGAUCAAUUCUUCAGGGAACACAGUACUGCUAACGAUGACAGGUGCUUCCUCGAGUGCCCAGGGAAGGAGGAAUGGGGGAGAGUGUUUCGUGGGGUUAGAGUUCAGCACAUUCUCAAUGAUGUAGUGUCAGUGAGGACCGUCGAGGGUGACAAGAUCAUUCCCGAUGGCUGGCUGCUGCCACUCUAUCGGAGCCAGUGGCUGAGCAUGCUCAUAGUAGAUCAGAGAAUGGACACUGGUCCUUCUAAUCUGAGCACUGACCAGUUCCUAGCUACCUCUCUACGCUGCGGUAGAGUGAUCCACGAGCCAGGAGAGUACUGCUGGAGGUGGACUGGUUUCUCUUUUGGCUUUGACGUACUCAUCAUGUACAACUCUAGCACUGGAGUGAUCAAUGUGAAGCGGAACACUAAAUCCCAGCCGUGCGUGUCAGCAGUCAGUAUGCAGCCUACCAGAACAAUAAUGUUGAGAUUAAGAGCCGCGUUGUUUGAUGGUUCAAAGUUCGAUACUGGCGUGUGCCAAGUGCCGCUAACGCUUGAUGAGGAAUACCACAUACUGACAAUCAGCAACUCAUCGUUCCCAUUGUAUGUCAGCGUUAAUUUGGCACUAACUUCAAGAACUGAUUCUCACGAACAAUCUUCAUAACAUUAUUUGUCAUUUCUAUUUUAUGUGUGUGUAAGUGUCUGCUUCACUUUUGGUGUAAAUAAAAAUGGACUGUGGUUA